CCCACAUUCGAGUUCUACUUCUCUGAUACACGCACUUUUCUACAGUCAUUCUUUUCGUUCAUCUGCAGUCGAUCUGAUAGAAUAUACCGAUUUCUGAUAAUACACCUGAAAUCAAUACAGCUGAUACACUUUCAACGAUAUGAGCUGCGCGCAUCUAGACGGUCUCACGCUGCGGCCACCCACCGCAUCCCAGCAGGUUUACAAAGACGAUUGCACUCAAUGCUUCGAUAACACUGAAUCUCCCCUGGGUCUCGACGUCUGCUUGAGUUGCUUCAACGGAGGCUGCACUUCGGAGUUUCCUGGGCAUUCCAAGCUUCAUUACUCAAUUACUGAGCACCCGAUCGUUCUCAAUAUCAAAAAGACGCGCAAGCAGAUCAAGCGCGAUGAGGCUCCUCCCAAAAUCGCUAAACUUGCGAUUCCUGCCGAAACCGAAGAGGAUCGAUUCGACACCGCGACUACCGUCAAAUGUCUCGCGUGCAACGUCGAGCUUGACAAGGAAAGUGGGAAGCUCUCGGAUGUGGUGAACGGCGUUAUGACCAGCCUUUCCUCGAAUAAGCAGUCGGAGGUUAAGGCAUGGGAGGAAGAAAUAUCACCUUGCGAGCAUACGCUGUUGCUGGCGCAAGAUGAGGCUAAAGUUCUUGCGGAUCAAGAACUUGCGCACUGCUCUCAAUGCGAAUUGAAAGAGAAUUUGUGGUUAUGUCUGCAGUGCGGAGCACUUGGUUGUGGACGUCAACAAUUUGGUGGAGUCGGUGGUAACGGCCAUGGACUUGCUCAUUUUGACCAGACGCAUCAUCCAGUCUCGGUCAAGCUUGGCAGCAUCACUCCUGAUGGUACCGCAGACGUUUAUUGCUACCUCUGCAACGAAGAAAGGCAAGACCCUAAUCUGGCCGAGCAUCUAUGGCACUGGGGAAUCAAGAUCUCGGAAAGACAAAAAGUUGAAAAGAGCUUGGUUGAGCUGCAAUUGGAGCAAAACCUCAAAUGGGAAUUUAGCAUGACCUCUGACAACGGCGAAGAGCUGAAGCCACUCUUCGGGCCCGGAUUCACAGGACUCAAGAAUCUUGGGAACUCCUGCUAUUUGGCCUCUGUCGUACAGUGCCUGUUUUCACUCCCGUCGUUUCAGCAAAGAUACUACAAAUCCGACUGCGAGAUGCCGAGAUUGGCCCAGCCAGCUGCUGAUUUCGAAACCCAGCUGAGGAAGAUUGCAUAUGGGCUCCUUUCCGGCCGCUACUCUGUGCCUUCCACCGAGGACAAUUUCCAGGCAGGUAUUGCGCCGGCUACGUUCAAGGCCAUGGUCGGUAAGAACCACGCGGAGUUCUCGACCAUGCGUCAACAAGACGCGUUUGAGUUUUUGCAGUACCUGGUCGAGAUGAUUGAUCGCGCAAACCACAAAGAUGUGGCGAACGAUCCGGCAAAGACGUUCGAUUUCGUUAUAGAGCAGAGAUUGGAGUGCCUAGGCUGUCACCGUGUGAAUUACAAGAGCGAGAAACAAAACAACAUAUCCGUGCCCGUUCCUAUCCGCAGACUCGGCAAAGCCUCACCCGAAGACAAGGAUACGUUCGAGAGCGUUUCGUUGACGGAGUGCUUGGAUAUAUACACAGCGCCAGAGACUCUGGAGUAUACUUGUCAAGACUGUGGAUCAAAAGAUGGUGCGAUCAAGCGCUCGGCGUUUAAGACGUUUCCGGACGUAUUGAUUGUCAAUGCCAGACGAUUUGAGAUUAUAAACUGGGUGCCAACAAAAUUAGAUGUUCCGGUUGUUGUGCCGGACGAGCCGUUUGACCUCGAUCAGUACAUUUCACUGGGCCUACAAGAGGGUGAAGAGCUUCUUGUCGAGUCAGACAGCAAGGCCGAAGCCAAGUUUAUUCCCAACGAAGGAUGCAUGUCAAUGUUGGAAGGCAUGGGCUUCCCGGCCACACGCUGUGAGAAGGCAUUGUACAAUACUGGAAACGCGGACCCUGACGCGGCUAUGAAUUGGCUAUUUGCACACAUGGAAGAUCCCGAUAUCGACGAGCCUCUCAAGCUUGAGUCUAGCGGCGCAGGCGAGUCGGCCGAGAUUUCACCAGAAGGAGUCGCGAUGCUUACGGAUAUGGGCUUCUCUGUGGCACAGGCUAAGAAAGCAUUGAAGGAAACAGGCGGUGACAUGGAGCGCGCGAUCGAGUGGGUCUUCAGCCAUCCAGACGACGACGGAAGCGACGACGCCCCAGCCAGCAGCAGCAGCGCCGGUGCGGGAGACGUGACAGCAGGCGACAGCUCGCUUCCGGCGACGUACAAGCUGCACAGCAUUAUUUGCCACAAGGGAGGUAGCGUUCACGCAGGUCAUUACGUUGCUUUCAUCAAAAAGAAAGUGGAGGAAGGCGGGGAUGGCAAGUGGGUGCUAUUCAAUGACGAGAAGGUUGUUGAAGGCGGAGACGUGGACGAAAUGAAGCGGUUUGCUUACGUUUAUUUCUUUGAGAGACAGCGAAGCUAGAUGCGGUCUGUGUGUUGGCAUUUCAUUUCCAGUGUCUGUUAGGGAAAAUACAAAAGAUAAACUGCUGAACAGAG